AUGGUUCACACAUUUCAUCACGAUUUUGAAACAGUGACUCUGGCGUACUUCAAUAGAUAUCCUAAUCCCUAUUCUAAUCAUGUUAAAUCUAUUGACACUAUAGAAAGGCACAUCGACUCUGAUGGUAAGCUUCAUCAGACUAAGAUAAUACACAAGAGCGGUAGGCUACCUGUGUGGGUGAAACCAUUUUUGGGAAAAAUUAACUCCAGUUGGAUUGUUGAGAGAACCAUCGUUGACCCUAUACAUAAAACUAUGAUUACUUACAAUUGCAAUAUGGACCAUACCAAGCUGUUGCGCAUAGAGGAGUCCACGAGCUAUCGCUACGAUUUCAAUAGGAGUGUUACUGACUCAGACGCCACUGUUAAGUUUAGUAGUGGUUUCAGAAAGUUUGGUUUUGGUGGUCUCAACCUUAGAGACCGUAUCGAGAACUGGUCCAAGGCUAGAUUUGCCGAACAUUCCAAAACAAGCCGUCAGGGCUUAAAGAUCGUCAUGGAUACUGUCCGUCAGAAAAUGGCACACAGAAUCCAGUCUCAGCGGAUCCAAGGUCAGAGCUACGGCAUGUGA